AAAAUAUACAUCAGAUAACGCUUCUCCCAAACGUGGCAGCAUUUGAGCUUGGACGCCAUGGUGUGGUUGACGUGCAGAAGUAGCAUCAAUGGCGACGCUCACUAACUCUACCUUUCUUUUUCCUCACAAUCCAUUCUUCAAUUUACAUCAUACUAGAUUCAAAUGUCAUCCCUCUCUUUCUCUCCAUUAUCGAUCAAGACUUCUUAGACGAUUUUCAAAAUAUACAGUUUCUCAAGCAAUUAGAACACCUAAAUUCGAUUUCAAUUUUACAAGCUUUGAAGAUGAUGAUUAUGGCGAUCAGAAUUUUCAAAAGAGGAGGCGAACUAAAGGAAGAAAGAGUGGUAGACGCUCGAAGCAGAAACGAUGGUGGUCUGAUGAUCUAGAUGAUGAGAGUGAUGUAAAGACUGGUCUUGUAGAACAAAUUGUUGAUAGUCUUUGGAUUCUUCGGGUAUUCAGGUCCUAUGGUUUGUUCUUGCCGAUCAUCCUUAUAUCAUUCUUGAUAGCUACAGGACCAAAAGCUUUUCUCUUGGGAUCAGGUAUCCCUAUUGGACUGUCAGUGAUUAUCUUUGCAUUCCAAAAGGUUUCAGAAUGGCUAGAAGGCAGCCCUAGGCCUCGAAACAGACGCAGAAAAAGGCCAAAACUUGAUGUUUUCAUGGAGGAAGAGGAUGAUCAGGAAGAAGAAAGACGCCAAAGUAAAAGAAACAAGAAAAGAGCAUCCCAAUCCUGGGUAGCCCAAAACAAUGGUUCCUUCUAUAACAAAGACUCGGGGAGUCGGGUCAGUAGUAACAGUUUCGGUGGCUGGGAUGAUUUGAUUACAGAAAAUGAUGCUCAACCUCCACAGACGCCUCCCCAAGUCACUGAGAGACUGCAGAGAAUGGUGGAGACUGAGGGGGAAGAGGUGAAAAAUAACUUGAGUGAAUCAGUGGAAGAGAGAAAUUUGCCUCUUCUGUUGAAAUUGUUAGUGGCAGUUUUCCCAUUCUUGGCAACAUGGACUGAUAUACUGUAAUUGUUUUCGAAAUUCUUGGAACAUGAUUUUGAAUGAAUGAAUUAUGAAUUGCUGGAUAGUUGCUCUUGUAAAUACUUUUUAUCAUUGGGCACUUAUAGUAUGGGAAGAAACUUUUUCAAAAGAAAUUUAUUUUUGUGAGAAUUAUCGAGUGCUUUUCUCACUCUUUUAUCUUUACGAUAGAAGUUUGAUUUUCAACACCAAAUUUCUACCUUACCUUCAAAUAAAAAGAAUUGGCUUUCUUGUUUGGUUUAAUUAAAACUCCUAAGAAUAGUAGAUGUUGAGGAUGGACGAGUAAAAAAAUUUGAGAGAAAAUGUUUUUUAAAGUGAUAGAUGCUAAAUGCUAUCAGCUAUACUACUAUAUAAUUAUACCCUCCAAUUCAGAGCGAACAUUCUAUUUUCUUUUAAGAUCAGUUCAACCUAAUUGUCUUAUUUCGAUUUUUAGUAAACACAUGCGUAUACCUUUUUGUUAUGGUUCCCUUCUUAAUUUAUACAUGUGAAAAUCUUUUUAUUGUGGUUCCUAUAAAUGUAGACACCUUUAUAUUGUGUUUGUCUUUUUACCUUAGU